AUGAGAAUCAGUCUCUUUACUAUAUUUGCUAUAGCGGCCACUGCUACCGCAAUCCCGCACGAUAACAGCCGUCGCGGCAGCCCAGCCGUCAUCGAGGAAAGGGCUGCUGCUUCAACCACCACGUCCGCAUCGUCGAAAUGCACUGCUGGCGAUACUUCGACCACAGCUGGCGUCCAAGCUAUUUUGGACUCCACCGGUGCCAUUGAUUGGUUAGAUAUCAUGUUUGAUAUAAUGCCAAAUGGCGAGAAGGAUUGGGUCAACAACCUCUGGAAGAUUAUCUUCCCCAACGAGGGUACUUCCCCUCUGACUGGCUGCGGUGAUAUUGGAGGCGACUGCAACCCUGACGAUAUGUGCUCCGAUUAUUCUUCCGUGAUGGCAUACUGGGUUAUGCGCUCCGUUGGUAUCUUGCAUAGCAAGAUCAAUGCCGUCCGCGAUCAGUUGCUUUGGACCGGAUGGUUGGAUGGCCUAUCGAUCGAUCAGAUCAGCAAGGACUUCUCUACUGUCUCGCCGGACCAAGAGUGGGCUAAGUGGAUAUCUGCUGCCUUCAGUAUGGCUGGCGGAAUUGCAACUGGUGUUGAUCUGAGCAAGCCUCUGCGUGGCAUGAUUGGAUUUGCGGCUGCAGGUCUCACGGAUGUGUCGCUCACAAACGGAGGAUCGGAUACCGUUGACAAAACAUCUGUGGAAAACACUCUGAGAAAUAUCGUAGGUGCUGCUGGCAACUAUGUUGCUAGUAUCUUGACCAAUGCCACUGGUGGAGGUGAAUCGACCACACUGCCCAUCUACACGUAUACGACCCUCGAGCACGGUACUUCUCGAUUCCUCGCGGACAAUACCAUUCUUCUCGAUGAGAACAAGGACAACUCAUCGUUUGUCGCAGCUUAUAAGACCUUCGCGGAUAACGUCGAGAAAAAGUUGGUCGAUGCUGCCAUGAAGACAGCCUGGUACGUCCUUGUGGGUGAGGAAGAUACCAAGGAGCAAGACUGCAUCAUGACCGGUGCCUACUGGCUCGAGGCCAAGAGCGGCGAGUACCGUUGUUUCUACCUCACACGUCCCAGCGAUUCUCACAACUGUGGCGACAACGAUCCUAAGACUUGUGUUUCCGAUGCCUGGCAGCAGCCCUACGGCGCCAAUAACAAGAUGGACACAGGUGUAUACACUAAAUUGAGCAAUACAUAUGGCUUCGACCUGAAGGCGUACUAUGUGUCGCUGAUUGACUGCUAUUUGAACGGUAACGGCCAAGUCGAUACGACCGCUACUACUAAUAACGGCCAAAUUCCACGUUGUUUCUACAACGGCUAUGUGAGAAGUGGAUACUGGUAUAAUGACGGAACGCUGAUGUUGAAUCUCUUCUUUACCAAUUUCUGA